CGGGGCCGGGCCAUGGGCAGCGUGCGCUGGGCCUUCCCCUGCGGCGCUUGGCGACCCCGCCGCUGCGAGUGGCUGCUGGCCGCGCAGCUGGUGCAGCCCGAGGAGAAGGAGCGCAUCGGCCAGUUUGUCUUUGCCCGCGAUGCCAAAGCCGCCUUGGCUGGUCGCCUGCUGAUGCGGAAAUUAAUUGCAGAAGAGCUAUGCAUACCAUGGAAUGAAGUACACUUGCAAAGGACAUCAAAAGGAAAACCUUUCCUGGCCAAUAACUUACUCGGUAUCCAUUCAAAUUACAACUUCAAUGUCUCCCAUCAAGGAGACUAUGCAGUCCUUGCAGCUGAGCCUGAGCGUCAAGUUGGCAUUGAUAUUAUGAAGACUGAUUUACCAGGUAGUAGCUCAAUUCCAAAUUUCUUUCACAUAAUGAAGCGACAGUUUACUGAAACGGAGUGGGAUGUAAUCAAGUCUAUGAGUAAUGAAUGGAGGCAGCUGGAUAUGUUUUAUCGGCACUGGGCCUUGAAAGAAAGCUUCUUAAAGGCCAUUGGAGUUGGAAUUGGCUUUAACUUACAAAGAAUUGAAUUUAAUGUGUCUCCAUUGCAACUGGAAAUAGGGAAGGUGUAUAAGGAGACAAAAAUGCUUCUGGAUGGAGAAAAAGAAGAGGAGUGGACAUUUGAGGAAACCCGCUUGGAUGGCCAUCAUCAUGUUGCAGUGGCACUUGGGAAACAGGAGGGAGCUGUACAGAAGGAUUCUGAUGUCCAUUCCAUGGAGCCUAACCAACCACAAUUUACUUUAUUGACUUUUGAAGAUUUAGUUGCAUCUGGUAUUCCAGUCGCACCUGAGGAUUCUGCAUAUUGGGAUAAUUUCUGUUUAAAGCAGGAGGGUCCAGUGAGGCAGAGCUCACAUUCAAGAUAAGACUGUGUAUAAAAAGAAACUUACCAAAGUUCUUAUGCUGUUAUACUGCUUAAUUUGAAGUAUGGGAAUAAGUGCACAUAUGUAAAUGAAAUGGAUCUUUCCCUGCUUAAGCUGACAACCUGAUUUUCAUGACACUUCAUUGGAAU